AUUGGCACGUGGGUGUCACAAUUCACAUCAGUUCAAAGUGCGAUAGUUGAGCUCUAUAAAAGAAGACGCAACACGUUCUAACAUAAAAAACCGGUUACUAAAGAAAUUUCAAGUCGGCUGGAGGACGCCAAGAAUCAUCCCUGUAAUCCUAUCUUCUGAUCAACAACGUAUUAAUAAUAGUACGCCAAUAUGAGAUAUGCCCAACUGGUUAUGGGGCCCGCUGGUUGCGGAAAGUCUACAUAUUGUUCCACAAUGGUACAACAUGCAAACGAUGAAAAGAAGAUUAUAGAAGUGGUGAAUUUGGACCCAGCAGCUGAGUACUUCGACUAUGAGCCUUUGGUAGAUAUACGAGAACUGAUUCACUUGGAUGAUGCCAUGGAGGAUCAGGAGUUGAAGUUCGGUCCUAAUGGUGGCCUUGUAUUCUGUAUGGAAUACUUACUCGAGAAUUCAAAGUGGCUGGAGGAACAAUUGGGUGACGUGGAUGAGGACUACAUAAUUUUCGAUUGCCCUGGUCAAAUAGAACUUUACACACACAUGACGGUGAUACGUCAGCUUGUUGACAUGCUGCAGAAUAUAAAUUUCCGAAUUUGCGGUGUGUUCUUAUUGGACAGUCAAUUCAUGGUAGAUGGUUCAAAGUUUUUGUCCGGCACAAUGGCAGCCCUUAGCGUGAUGAUUAAUUUAGAACUUCCGCACGUCAACAUUCUCACUAAAAUGGACUUGCUCUCAAAAGGAGCAAGGAAACAGUUGGACAGAUAUCUAGAACCAGAUCCACAUAGCUUGUUGGCAGACAUGGAGAAGGGUCACUGGAAUCAAAAGUACAGAAAUCUCACUGAAGCUCUUGGUAGAUUAAUCGAGGACUACAGCCUAGUUCGAUUUUAUCCACUUAAUAUCAAGGACGAAGAAAAUAUUGCUGACAUAAGGCUGACUAUUGAUAAUAUCAUCCAAUACGGUGAGGAAGCUGACGUCAAAAUGAAGGACUUUGAUGAGCCGGAGCAAGAUGAUGGCGAUUAAUAUAAACCAACAAAUCCAUUAAUGUAAAUAAAAAUAUGUUUUGCAAAUAAUAAAUUGUCUUUACACGUCA